CAAAAAAAGAAAAAAUCCAACAACAACAAAAUACAAGUGAAAGAAGCCACCAAAUACUGGUUUUUAACAACGAAAAAGCAAAAAGAAAGAAGGAAAGAGGGGAGAGAGAAAAAGUUGCUUCACAAGAAAUCUCUCCAUGUGUGCUUGUGUGUGUGUGUGUGCGAGAAAAGUAAAGUAAAGUGAAAAGCAAUGCUAAAAGGAAUUACAACAACUACAAGGCAAAUCUUACAUCGCUGUCACACUAAAUAACUGUAAAAGCCGCCUCAAAUAACAAGAAGGCAAGGAAAAAACGAGAAGGGAACGAAGGAAAGGCCCCCGCGUGGGCGGGAUUGGGGAAGCAAAUAUUCAACUUUAAAACAUACCCUCAAAUUGGAGGCUACCACAAUGGACCCCAACAGACAUCACGAAUAUCAGACACAUCAUCAGCAGGCGGUGCACCAGUCAAUGCCACUGCACCACCAAACACAUCCACAUCCUCCGCAUCACCAGCAGCAGCAGCAGCAGCAUCUGCACCACCCACCACCGGCGCCACAGCAACAGCAACCUCAACACCACCUCCAGCAGCAACAGCAUCCGAAUCCGCAUCCGCGUACCGCCACCACCAGCUAUGGGUCACAUAAUCCUAAUCCUGGAGGAGAGGAGCAGCGCUCCCGAACGGCCCUCUACAUGAUGAACAGCAGCGGAAGUCGAGGGACAGGGGCAGGAGCACAGUCGCAAUCUGUGCCUCAGGCAGGGUCUGCUGCUGCUGCCACUGCCACAUCCUCAAGCGAUCCGCAUUUACAGUACUACACCUCCAAUCGGGAUCUGACGGCUGCCAAGAAGGUGCCACAGGCGGCGGAGCCGCCGCACCCCAGCUGGCCGUACAAGACGGGGCAGUCGGUGCCAUCUGCGGCACCGGCAGCGGCCUCGGGUCUACGCCACCACCACGGGAAUCCCGCCAUGUAUCCCACCAGCAGCCAGCAGCAGGCGGCGCCUGCGCACAGCACGGCCUACUGGCCGCCUCCGGACGAGCAGAUGCACCAUCCCCCGCCGCAGCAGCUGCAACAGCAGCAGCAGCAGCGGUACUCCGCCUACGGCCAGAAGCUACCGCAAGGAGGAGGCACUGCCUCGGGAUACAGAAUUGAGGGAUUUGCCAUGGGACAACAGUCAGAAGCACAACAGAUCGGGGCCAGACUGCAUCCCGGCUAUGCCCCACAGCCCGGAUACGGGACACAGCCGGGAUACGGCCCACAGCCUGGGGUGGCAGGACAGCCCGACAGCAGAUUCGGAAACCAGUCGGAGGCUGGGGGCUACGGCACACAGCCAGGAGUGGGCGGCAAGGCGGGAGGAUAUGGCGGAGCAAACAGCAGCACACAUCACCCCUCCACGCCCACACCGCCCACGGCCACAUCGACCCCACAGCAGCAGCAGCAGCAGCAGCACCUCCAGCAGUCGCACCACCAGAGCCACCAGAGCCUGUACAUGCCGAUGCCGCAGUUUAGCACGGAAAAGUUCCAGACGACGGUCCACAAUGCCAUCGAGAAGUACGUGCGGGAGACACCUGCUCCCAGCUUGGAUUAUCCCGCAUCUCGGGGACCAGCAGCAGUGGGAGGAGGUGGAGGGGGAGGAGCAGCAGCUGCCUAUGGAAGAACCACCGGUUAUGGGUAUGCCAAGAUCUCCUCCUCCAAGGUUCCUGCUACCACCUCCUCCACAGGCUACUUGAAGCUUGAGCCGGAGCACGCUCUGGCGGGGACCCUGCCGCAGCCCACGCGAUCCUCGCUGUACCACAAUCCCUACACCACAGCGGCGCCGCCGCAGCCACCACCACCACCCCCGCAGCACUCCGAGGCACCGCAGCGAGAGCGGGACUCUUCGCCGGCAAUGGCCACGCCUCCCCAUGGGUAUCCCACCAAAUACGGGAAACUCCUGCAACAGCAUGGAACAGGAGCGGUAACGGGAACUGGAACUGGAACGGGCGCCACGCCGUACUCCUCGUACUACCACGGACACCACGGGACACCAUCGCCCGCAGCAGGAGCCGUGGCCUCGCCCACUCCGCCCGCCCCGCCGCCACCACUUGCCAGCCAGCUGUCAUCCGCCUCCUCCUCCAGUAGCAGCACCACGCUCCAGGUGUACCCCCACGGACCGGACAUCUGCUACCAGCCGGUGGCGUCAGCCCAAACCCAGAGUCAGAGUCAGAGUCAGGGACAUCCGACGGCUGCGGCCAAAAAGUCGCCGGCUGUGGCGAAACCCAACUACCGGGCGCUGAUCAACGACAUGCUGAAGCGGAACACCGCCAGCGAGCAGGAGCUCAAUCUGCAGAUCAUCAAGAAGACCCUCAACAUGGAGCCGCCGCCACGGAACCAUGUCCAUGUCCUUCCAGCGGCCACAAGGGUCAUCCAACAGGUGGCGCCUGCGCCUGCACCUGCAUCAGCACCGGCGCCGGCGCCAGCGCCAGCGCCCACGCUCUACUCCCCGCUGGAUCUGUCCAUGCGAACGGUGAAGCAGACGGCGGACUCCACGGAAUACAAGUACCAGCGUCCCCACCAUCAGACCCCAACAACGACGACGACGGAGUACAAGUCAGCCCAGCUGCCGCAUCUGGCGGUAGGAGGAGGCUUGGGUCUACCGAGAUUCGACAUCACAGCGAGCUUUUCGGCCGCAGCCAACCGGGGAGCGGGAACUCCAACGAGUCCGGCGCCAACGGCUGUGAUACGACAGGCCCCUGCCACAACAGUUCCUCAUCUGCCACCUGUGGUUGCUCCUUUGGCUUCUGCUGCUGCGGCACCUGCUUUGGUGAUCAAAUCCCUUCAGCAGAUGCGUCCCAGUGUGUUGGAGACGAAUCCGUAUGCCAAGCGGCAACAGCAUCAGAAUCUGCCUCCCGAGACGAGCAUCGUGCAGGUGCUGCCCAAGCCCCUGCCACAGCUGACGGAGCUCACGCCUGCGCCUUCGCCUUCCUCGACGCCCUCGCAGUCGCCUUCGCCCAGCCCCCAGCACCAGCACAACAGCAGCAACCCCAACUAUCUGGGCAGGAAGCGCCACUUGCAGGAGUACAACCAGGCGGCGGCCAAGCAGGCGCGUCUGGAUGCAGCCAUGGAGGCGGCAGUGUCCGCGCCAGUGCCGGUGAUAGCCGUCAAUGAACAGGCGCUGGCCGCCAAAAGAGAGCGGGAGCGAGAGAGAGAGCUGCAGCCAAGCACAUCCUCCGCCUCGUCCACCUCCAUGUCCACGUCCAUGUCCAUGGCUGUGCCCAAGGCAGAGCCACGUAUCCGCACGAAGGCGGAGCUGAAGGGCUUCACGUUUACGCCGCCCGUGCUGGUCACCUCAACGACUCCUGCCACCAAUUCAAUAUCAGUAGCGCCUCCAGCUGCCAUCCUGGCGCCUUCUCCUGCAGUUACAGUCGCACGGACGCCACCGAACCAUCAGGUGACGAACCACAUACAAAUCAAGCUGGAACCGGCGCCACCUCAGGCGACAAGCCAUCCGGGAGUAGGAGGUGGAGCAGUAGGAGCAGAUCUCGGCCUACUGGAUGAGGAUCUGGGCUUCAAGGGCAGCCUCCUGGACUGUUGGGGCAGCACCUGCAACAAUCUGGUGGAGCAGCUGCUGAGCAAAGCCCAGCCACCGGUGAUCCCCGCCUGCCCAGGCAGCAGCAUCAAGCUGGAGCUCAGCGAAGAUGAUCUCCCCGUGGCACGGAUACUCAAGCGGCAGCCUCCACCAGCAGUAGCAGCUGCGGCAGCAGCAGCCGCAGCAGCAGAUGGGGAAUCAGCGGCCACCACAACAACCCAAGUGACGACGACAACGAAUGGCAUCGGCUCCUCCCUGGGCAAUGGCGGGGGGGCGCAGAAGAAGCUGAGCAAAGUGGAGCGGGAGAAGAAGCGGCUGCAACAGGAGCAGAGGAUUGCGGCCAGACUGGCGCCCAAGGCGGGCCAGAGUAGCUCCUCGGAGAGCGACACCACGGAGCUGCACAGGCGGACAACCGAGCGGCAGAAGAAGCCGCUCCUCAUGCGCAAAGGCCGUGCGAGGCAGCGGUCCCUGGGUGGCCAGACGGGCAAGAGCAGCCAGCAGACGGGCCAAAGCACCGCCGAGGAAGCAGCCGCAGCAGCGGCGGCAGCGGCAGAGGAGAAGGGUGGCAGCCAACCCUCCACCAGCGAGGAGAGGGAGUCCAAGAAGGAGUUCGUAAAGCGGGAGGCAGUGUCGCCGCCUCCAUCUGCAUCCGACAAUGUGCAGCACGAGGAGACGGCAAAGGCGAAGGGAAUGGCCAAGGCCAAGCAGGAGGAGAGCCGGGAGAACAGCAGUUCCAGCGAUGAGGAGCAGGAGGAUGAGGAGGAAGAGGACGAAGAAGAGGAGGAGGAGAAGGAGAAGAAGGAGAAAUCAGGCAAGAGUCUGGCCCACAGAAAGCAGCAGCAACAGCAGUCGAAGGGGGGCAUUCCCCCCCUCAAGAACCGCAUCCUGAACACGAUGACCCGCUCGAAGCAUCGCAAGGAACUGGAGCUGCAGCUGGCCAACAGCAAAGUGCUCCGCAACGACAAGAUCAUCCGCAACUCCACCACGAAGAUCAAGCGGAAGUACGUGCGCAAGGUGGUGGACAGCAAGAAGGAGAUGAUGGUCACGCGACUGCGCAACAAGCGCGGCCUGGAUGCCAUGGACUGCAACAGCAGCCAACCGAAUGGCCGAACGAAGCUCAAGGGGAAGCAGGAGCAGUCAACCGGAGGUCCUGCCAAGAGCAAGACCUCGCCGCAGCAGCAACUGUACCUGGAAGAGUACCGCUACAAGGUGGCCCUGAAGAUACCCCAUCGCCUGAUCUCCAUCAACAAGCUGAACAAGGUGGCCGCCUCCCUGCCCGAUCUGGAGCGCCGUGAUAUUGGCCAGGAGCUGGCCUGCUUCAAGAGCCGCGCCGGCGGGGGCAGACCCCGAACGAAGGCCGCCAGCAAGCAGCAUCAGGAGAACACGCCCAAGUCCAUAAUUGAUGUGCUCCACCUGCGCGUGACCAAUGGCAGCAGCAGCAGCAGCACCAAGACCACGGUCUCCGUGUCGGCCCCGGCCUCCACCAACCUGCAGCUGCACAGCGAGACCUCGCAGACCUCCGCCUCAAACUCCUUGUACGAGCAGCCGCAACAGCAGGAGCCGCCGCCGCCGCCGCAAGCCAACGCCGAGACGACAGGCAGCUGCCUGGACGAUCCCAGCAAGCGUCACUUUAGCAUAUUCGACACCAAAGUCUUGCAGAGCAAGACCCGCACCGAGUCGAAGCUCCAGCAGCGGCGUGAGAUCAUACGCGAGAUAUUUGUGGGUCCCGAGAGGCCCGCCUCGGCCCCGCCGGAGUGCGCCCAAGAGGCGGGUGGCGGAGGCGACAACGAGGAGGAGGCGGCCAUCAGCUAUCAGAAGUACGAGGAGUUUCUCGCCCAAAUGAACAGCAUUGUGAGCGCCAACGACAACAAGCUGCUGGGCCGCAGGACCCUCGUCGGGGACAAGCAGCCCUCCGCCACUCAGUGUCCGCACAAGCGGAAGUAUUUGCGGCGCAAGGGCAGCUCCGGCUUCGACUACAUACGCAAGAAGAAGCGACCGACCCCGGCCUCCAACAGUCAGCAGAACCAGCAGAGCCACAACCAGUCCUCCAGCCAUGCCCAUGCCCAUGCCACAUCCAAUCAGCAUGUCCUCUCCGAGCACAAUCAAAGCGCGGCCGAUGAGCGACUGGACGACACGGACAGCACCAUUGCGGGCAGCUCCCAUCUACCGGCGAAGAUCAAGACCGAGAUGGAUGUCCUGCGCGAGAUCCAAAAGUGGGUCCUCAACAAGGGCGUGGGCCAGAGCACGAUGCACAAGGCCGCACGCCAGGGGCUGAUCGAUGUGGUGGUCUACUGCCUGGAUCGCAUGCACAUGAAUCCCGACCAGAAGGACAACGCCGGGUACACGCCCCUGCACGAGGCCUGCACCCAGGGCUGGCUGGAGAUUGCCCGCAUCCUGCUCCAGUUCGGGGCGAAUCACUCGGAGGCGGCCCAGUCGGGCAUCCGUCCGCUCCACGGAGCCAUCGAGAACGAUCACGAGGAGGUGGUGCGACUGCUGCUCUCCUACGGAGCCGAUCCGUUGCUGGCAACGUACUCAGGUCAAACUCCGCUGGCGUUAGCUUCAAGCAAGCUGAUGAGUGGCAUACUCAGCGAUCACCUCAGCGAUGCACAAAGUGCCGCCGCUGACAUUCAUCCAAUGCGAUUCCAAGGACCAUGGGACAUCUUUGAUGCUAAGGAAUACGGCUAUGAUAUAUUCGAUAAUGUACCGAACACAGCUUGUGAUAAGAGCAGAGCUCUACGUAGAGAAAGGAAAGAGCAGCAGCAGCAGAAGUUGUGCAGCAACGUAAAUGGAAAUGGAAAUGGAAAUGUACUGUUAGCAGCCAAGAAGGAGGAACAGCAGGAGGAGCCGGAGAAGAAGGUGGAGACAUCGAUAAAGCUGAAUGGGGAGACAAGUGCAACAAAGACUGGAAAAUAUAGCAGCAGCACAACAACAACAACAACAACAACAACAACGAUGAUGGUGAAAGUGGAGCCAGGAACCGAGGAGGAUGAGCAGGAGCAGAGGCAGCAUGAGGAUACCAAUAACAAUAAGAACAGAAACGAGGAGGAGCUGAAUGCAAAUGUUGAGAAUAAUUUAGUAACAAGCGUUGUGACUGUGAAGAAUGAAGUGAAGAAGGAACUGGAUGUGGAUAUGGAUUUGGAUAUAAAUAUGGAUAGGGAAAGGGAACGAGAACGAGAACGAGAACGGAAUAGACUUGAUGACGAGGAUCUGGCGGAGAGCGAGACAAUGGAUGAUAACGAAUUGAAUGGUGAUAUUUUUGAAUUUGAAGAGGCCGACGUGCCCCUGCCACCACUGUACUUGCUCAAAGACGAGGGCAGUGACAAAUGGGUACUACUGAACGAUUUGUGCAAUUUACUUAAAGUUAAGUCCAAGGAUACGCUCCUCAAUAAGCUCUGUCCGAACAACAACAACAACAACAAUGCGUUGGCCAACAGCCAGAAGCAGCUGCUGCGGGAGUUCAAGAUCGAUGAUUUCCUGGAGAAGGCCACCUGUCUGCAGCUGCUGUGCGCCGGCGAGAAGCUGAACAUGUUCAGCUCCUCGAAAGUGGUGCUCAUCAAAUACAACGACAGUGUCAAGAACUUGUUGGGCGUCAAGACCAUUUUAAUGAAAUUUUAAACAGAGAUAUACAUAGAGGAUAGUGGAUAGUGGAUACUAUAAAUAUUUAGGAACCAGAACGAGAUGGAGGGAACCCCCUAGAUAAAUGAUGAGCGGAGAGAUACAAACAAAUUUGAAUGAAACAAAAACAAUUAGUACGAAUAUAAUUGUAGCAGCGAUCUAAAUAUAUAUAUACGAUAUACGAUAUAUAUUUUAGCUAGUAGCUAGUUUUUACCACACACACGUCUUUGUCUUUGGAAGAUGGAAGAUCUUUUUUAAAGGAAAUUAAAUUAGAGCUAAUGCAAAGUGAUACAAAGGUGCUAUACACACUCAAAACGAAGAAAAACGAAAAUGGGGAAAUGCAAAAUUCGAUGUAAAUCGAGACAGAGAGGGAAAGAGAGAGAGAGGGAGAGAGAGAGAUCGGGAGAGACAGAGAAUAUUGAUGAAAUCUGGAAUCUAUUGAAAAUUAGAGAGUAGAACAAACGGAAGGAAUGAGAGAUAGGAUUGGAUUGGAUUGGAAUGUUGUAAGAGAAUUGACAGACAGACAGACACACAAGCAGUAACAUGUUUGCUAAAUAAAAAAGAUAUAUACAUGUGUAUAUUGUAUAUUGAAUAUCUAGGGAUAAUGUGUAAUCUAUGGUUUUAAAACAAGAAAAAACAAAUUAGCAAAAGUGUAGACGUAAGGCGUAAUUAUUACAACAUAAUAUAUUGUAAUCAGAUUAAAGAGAUGAGUGUAUUUAUGUAUUGUGUAUUUUUAAACGAAAUUAUUAUCAUAACAUACAGAAUAUAUUGUAUAUAUCCAACUAUAAUGUAAAUCAAUUCAGAUAGGUUUGUAAUUUUCUAUGUAUGUAUGUAAUUGUCGUGCGUAAGUUUUGUGCAACUAUAAAAACAAACAAACAAAACAAAAACUAAUAAAAAAAUAAAUAAAUGA